AUGUCUGGUCGCGGCAAGGGCGGCAAGGGCCUGGGCAAAGGCGGCCCCGCCAUCCGGCGGCUGGCCCGGCGCGGCGGCGUCAAGCGCAUCUCCGGCCUCAUCUACGAGGAGACCCGGGGGGUGCUCAAGGUGUUCCUGGAGAACGUGAUCCGGGACGCCGUCACCUACACGGAGCACGCCAAGCGCAAGACGGUCACGGCCAUGGACGUGGUCUACGCGCUCAAGCGCCAGGGCCGCACCCUCUACGGCUUCGGGGGCUGA